AUGGCAGACGGUGGAUAUGUUCAGUCCACUUCGUCAAGCUUCGUGGUUCAUGCCGCUAGUCAUGUACCACGACGGGCGACACUGCUUUGGGUGCCGGGUGCGACACACGACUCUGCUGCAGUGUUCCAGGGUCCCAUGACAGCACUUGCAGACAGCGGCUACACCUCUGUGGCGCUCUUCCUGGAGAAGUCGCGCUGUACCUCCCUGAGCAACUAUGUUGGUCAGGUAGAAGAUGCUUUGCGCAACCUCGAGGAACCUGUCGUCCUGCUUGGCCACUCUCUGGGGGGCUCCAUCGUGGAGGUUCUGCUCGCGAAAAAGAAGGAUACGGCUGCCAAAGUGCAGGGAGCAAUCCUGCUGUGUCCGGUGCCAGUGAUGAGCUUUUGUACAUAUAUUUGUUUUUUUCUUCAUCUGCUGGCGACGUUCUGUAUUGGUGUGUUCAUGGUUCUCGUGUCAAUGAAUGUAGCGCAGCUGGUGGGCGGUGGCUACUUCUGCCGGAGCGCACACCGGUGCCAAUCAAUCGGUUUCGCUGGAAACCCGAGCAUUGUGACAAUAACGGGGAGUCCGCAGACGUUUCAGCAGUACCAUGAAGGCAUCGCAAAGGUCGAGUCGGUAAAUCUGCUUCUCGGGCUACUCGGUUUCAGUCUUUGCCGUGGCAAAUCGGAGGAUGGGAACAAGCCCGUUUCUCUCAUCGCUGGAUCUGGGGACGUCCUGACUCCCCUCUGGUGCCAUGAGAGCACGGCUGCUGCAUGGUCCACCGACAUCGUCUCGCUGGAGGGCCAGGGCCAUUUCCUGUCCGACGAGGAUUGGCAGAGCACGCUUCUUCCUGCGCUGAAGCAGCAAUUGGAGAGAUUAUUGAAGACUUGCCUCCUUGGUAAGCCAGGUGUGUUGACAUUCACAACAUUUCGCAACUUCUUGCGAUUCUCAGGUCGGAGAGUCUGCCACCAUGAGCACAUCAUGUGUUGCAGCACCUUCUUCAUGAUAGGGGUUGCAGUUGCCGCAGCAACGGCCAUUGCCUCCAAGCAAGGCUGGCGGGCCCAGGUGAGACGCCCCGAUCUUGAAGUGAGGAUCUUGGUUAGCGACAGCGAUAUCCUGGUCGACCUUCCGCUUCUUGUUCAAAGCAUACCGAGCGGCGGCGGAGAGCUUUGCAGUGCGGGCAUGGCCGCACCUGUGGCCUGGGCAUUGGCUCGGUCAGCCGAGCUCAAGCAAGGCGACCGUGUGCUCGACCCGAUGUGCGGCAAGGCUGUUAUCCUGGUGGAGGCUGCCCUCAGCUGGCCCAACUGCCACUACAUAGGCGUGGACCUCGAUGCGAGUCAGCUGUCCGGUGCGCGCAGCAACGCUCAGCUGGCACAGGCGAGUGGUGCCCGAUUGGACCUCCUCUUGGGCGAUGCCCAGAGGUUGCCAUUACCAGAUCGCUCGGUUGAUGCGGUGAUAUGCGACAUUCCGUUUGGACGCCAGUAUGGCACCGUCGAAGGCUGCAGAGACAGCUUAUACAAGGCUGUGCUUAAAGAGUUCGACCGCGUCGUGCGAUCGGAUGCCGACGGCCGCUUGAUUCUGAUUUCUUCUCUUGAGCAGGAGCCUUGGGUCCUGGAAGCUGCAAAUCUGCAUUCCGCCCAAGCCUCCUGGCUCUGCUAUGCACGACGAGAGCUGAAACUUGGCUUUCUGGAUGCAAGCAUCAUUGUGCUCCGGCGUCGGCAGCCAGGACAGGAUUCCGCUAAUGGCUUGCCAGAGCUGGCGAAGCGGCUGUGGUGGGAAACGUCGGCUGGAAGAGGCGACUGGGCGUCUCUCAAGGUCUCGGAAAGGCCCCUGAUGCAAGCGACGCGUGGCCGGGAGAUUUGA